CAUCAUAUGGUACUGUAUGUGGACUCUGGUCAAGGGAGCAGCUGGAACUAUCAUAACCCUGUAAAUAAAGACACAGCUACCAAGGAGCCAUGGCCUCCCUUGGACAGAUCAUCUUCUGGGGGAUGAUAGUCAUGAUCUUUGUGGCCGCUGGACUCAUCAUCCUCAUCUUGUCUGUGUCAUUUGCAGUUCAGGGUUUAGGGGGUUCCCAGGGCACUGUGCAUAGCAAUAACAAGUGGCCCAUCGGGAACCUGGGGGAGGAUGUCAUCCUGAGCUGCAAGUUCAAGACUUCAACUAACAGCGGGGAAUCGACCAGUCAGGUGUCAAUCACAUGGAAGAAGGGACUCAGCGAAGUGGUGUACAGUUACAAUAAAGGAGCAGUCCAGCUGACGGAGCAGAACCCCCAGUUUAAAGAUAGAACCCAGCUGUUCUCAGACGCCAUAGGUGGAGGCAAUGCCUCUAUGUUGCUGAGGAACGUGAAAAUGAAAGAUGAGGGGGUGUACUACUGCAGUGUGAAUGCCCCUAGUGGCUCAGGGACUGACAUUGUUAACCUCAGAGUUGCAGCUUUCUCGGCCCCCAAAUUUAAGUGGGUCAACGCUACCCUGACGGCAGAGGGAGAGAGAUGGUUCCCAAAACCAGAUGUCCUCUGGUUGGACGUCAAUGACAACGUCCUAAACGAGAGUGAAAGUAGCUUUUUCAACAACUCCGCCGGGAUAACCCGAUUCAUCAGCUCCCUUCAGCAAAUGACAUUGAAUGACAGCUACACCUGCAUCAUCCAAAACCAUCUGGUGAAGGCUGUCUCCCGGGCAACCAUCAAAGAUAUAGAGAUAUCAACGACGACUUUCUUCUCCUUCUCUACUGCAGCUGCACCGCCCAUACUACUACCCCAACGGCACAUCCUAGCAGCUACAACCAGUUUCUUUUUCUGGAUCUACCAACUAACCUGAUUAACACAUGCACACAAAGUACUCUUCAUAGCCUACAGGCAAGAUGACUAAAACUACUGUCUGUGGUGAAGUGAACUGGUCUGAUGACUUUCCACUUGCCUUGGUCUGCCUGGAGUCUGAUGGAUUUUGUGUUGGAUUAAGAAGUGGCGACAAACUGUGUAUGUGUGUGUGUGUGGCUCAGUGGCGACCCGGCAUUCAGGGCAGGUGGGGCAGUACCCCACCUGUUUUGAGCCCUACAUUUGUAGCAAAAAUUUUUUGGGGGAGGCUUGCCUGUUUUGCAUGUUAUUUUGGCAUUA